UCGGAACCCCUCGGUUGACAGCAACGCGUCUAUGCAAACAAGAUCAGGGGGGCGACUCCUCCCCACCAAUUUACGACAAGCGGUCCAAAUUGUAGCCCAUUGUCUGGCCGAUUGUUCCCGUGUUAGCAGGGCCGUUGUGUCCUUACGCGCUCGCUAGCAGCCCUAAUUGGGGGGCCUUGUUGGUCUUUUCAUCGCGACUAUACACACCUCACAUCCUGCGGAUGCCUCUAGUGGUCCCAAACUAAAGCCACAACUUUCCAAUGGCAGGGUGGCAUUUGGAGCUUUUUUCUUUUUCAAAGAUCUAAUGCUCCUGUCAGCAGUUGUUCAGUUAUCGGGCGAUCAAGGCGGAGUUUACCAGGAAAACAACCCUUGCUGAUUGCUGUCCGUUGCCAAAACAUCUUUCCAACACCACCGAAAACUUGAACAAAUCGAAAGAUUACCAUACCGCUUGGAGACGUCUUGAGCGUGCAUUGAACCCUGUGUGUCCUCUGCUGUGUGGCGUCAUCGCCGCCGUGAAGGGAGCUGCCAUAUCGGACUGCCAGCACUGUGAGAGCGUCAAGAAUCGACCGGGCCGGACGUAAUGGACUGCGGCGUAGACGUCAUCCGACCGCGGCAGCCCGUGGGAGCCCAGACCGUGCACAGAUCGUCCAAGAUGUCGGCCGGCCGCGCUGGUGGUGGUGAUGGCGCGCCGUCCCCGUCCGGGUCGACGUCGGCCGCGCGGCGUGGCCUGAGCUUCUCCAUCGACCGGAUCAUGGGCAACGACUCGCCAUCUGCUGCGGCCAGGUCGUUCUCCUCUGCCUCCUCCCCGCCGACCAGCGCUCUGGCCAAGAUGUCGCCUCCAUCCUCCUCACCGGCCGCCGUCGUCGAAUCCGCCAAGAGGGCCACAACGGUCCGGCCAACUCUCGCCGUUCUGCCAAGGGAUCAGGCCCAGGUAACCCGGGCUCGCAUGUUUGGCAUGGUGGACGCCACUGAACUGGACAUCCAAACGGCCAAAUACCAACAUUACCUGAACAUGGCUUGCUUGCCGCUGUACAUGAACAGCAGAACCGGGGCCCUACCCCGACCACACCCUUUCUACUCCACAACUGCCUCGGGACAGUAUCUCACCAAGUGGCUGGCAUCAAACAUCAAUGGGCAGAAACUGGACAAUUUUCCCGUCAAGUCCCUUCCCGAAGCCAGGCUGGGUUUAGCAGCCCACCCUUCCCUCCCCUUUGCCGGAUUGUUCUCGCCGUCGGCCUUUAAGACUGCGGCCGACUUCGACGGUCCCAUUUCCAACUUGGCGGAAAGGGUAUGGGCAGCGGACCCGGUAGUUAUGCGCGCGAGACCCGAUAGCUAUGCCCCAAAGGUCCCCCGCAACCCGGGAUCCAGCCCGUCCCCCCGACCGGCGGAAGUCAAGGUAGAGAAAACCUCACCCUCUAGCAACCAGCAGCGGACCAAGCGAACCCAGAGCGGGCAGCAGAAAGCCUUCACUUGCCUGGACUGUGGCAAGGUGUUCAAUGCCCACUACAACCUGACCCGGCACAUGCCGGUGCACACAGGCGCCCGGCCCUUCAUCUGCAAGAUCUGCGGGAAGGGGUUUCGGCAAGCCAGCACGCUGUGCCGGCACAAGAUCAUUCACACCAACGAAAAGCCGCACAAGUGCCGGGAGUGCGGCAAGGCGUUCAACCGGAGCUCCACGCUCAACACCCACAUGCGGAUCCACGCCAACUACAAGCCCUUCGUCUGCGAGUUCUGCGGUAAGGGCUUCCACCAGAAGGGCAACUACAAGAACCACCGGCUGACCCACAGCGGCGAGAAGGCCUACAAGUGUCACAUUUGCCACAAGGCCUUCCACCAGAUCUACAACCUGACUUUCCACAUGCACACCCACCAGGAGAAGAAACCGUUCACCUGCAGCGUGUGCGGCAAGGGAUUUUGCCGAAACUUCGAUCUCAAGAAGCACGUCCGGAAACUCCACGAGGGCGGCACAGCGUCGCUACCUUCCCCGUGCUCCGACUCGUCCAGCGGGUCACCCAGCCCGAUCAGCUACGCUAAAGGUACGUCUGCGCUCCGUGCGGAUUUAACCGGAGAACACUGUGCCCUCUGAUUCUACAUACUAAAAAUGAACUUACACAAGACUGUUUAAAGGGAAAAAACUGCCAAAUUCAGCCGCACACUUGCUUUUAUCGUUAAAUUAUGUAUAUAACCCUAAAGCUGUCAUUUCCACGAUAUUGUCGUUGUCCAUGAGAUUGUUUCUUGCUUAUUUAUCAAAUUUUCGUCCUCAGACGACACAGUAUUAAUAUGAAUUCGAUGUUUGACAAAAUACUGUUAUUUUUGUAUUAAUUCCAUAUGUGAGUGUAUUAUUAUAAACACCUUAGCAGUGGUUGUCUUUCUCUGACAGUUAAGUCCCAUUUUCCCUUUAAGUAAAUUCCAAAAUAAUCAUGAUCGUCUUUUGAGAGUGUAAGUCGCUUUCCCAGUUACAGCAACAAAGACUGUACCCGUCUCGUUGAAUUUCGUCCGCUGGAGUGUUUAACUCCAGUUGGAACAAAAGCACACCGUGUAAAUUCCAUCGGACAAAUUUCAUUUGAAACGAGAUCCCUUUUCCCACUCAGACAUUUCGAUUGCGGGAAGUUACCGGGUGUAACCCAACUCCUAUGGCGCCCCUCUUGAACGGCAGAUGUACAAAGUGCCGACAAGGGCGCAUCGACCGGGCCCGCCCGACAUGUCAUUAUUUCAACUGCCCUGCGAGUGUGCCGUGCACUGGGUUUAAAGUUAACACUUUUUUAUUUUACUUCCACUGUUUAAUUCGAUCCCAUGCCAGACUGGAUAAAAUGAUGUGAUUAGUGUUGAGAUGUCAUCGGUAUAAGCUUUGGACCAAAAUGAAGUAAUCAUCGUCACUCGAACUCGCCAGCUAUUAUGACUUGAUAUAGACCAAUACAGGGUGUACAUAUUUUGUUUGUGAACGGAUUUAACACAAUAAAUUCCGAAAAAAAUAUUGACAUGACGUCUUGAAGUGGACAAGAUUUGUCUUGUGGCAGAUAAGUUGAUUCACAUUACUUUCAAACCUGAAUAUUAAAAAUUCGAGUAAAAUCAGUUUUGUUUGUCCUUUUUUUUGUAAAGGGCGCAAAACUUAACACGGAUUUAAAAUGUGAGCGGUUGCAGUAACAGUGUAGUUUUUUUCUUAAAGACGCUGUUCCAUCAAACAAAUAUCUUCAACCGUAUAUGAAUAAAAAGUUGAACAAAAAGUUGAGCAGUUGUGUAGCACCCUUAAAGGUCAAGUCAUAUACACACUGCCCGUUGCAUGCACUACACAAUAAAGUAUGCAUGCAUUCACUAUGUUCAGAAUCUUUUGUGAGUUAUGCAGCUCAGUCGUCUAUUGAAAGCAAAGAGCUGCCGCGCUGUACCGAAUAUCCUCAAAUAAACCAAAGCAGGAAAGGGGCAUCGACUACCUAAAAAUCAUCUUUUUCAAUCACAAACACUGUCGUUAGUCUUAAUGCACACAGUUUCCCUCCACUUUUUUGUGUUAUGAACCUCUUCAAAUCACGUGAUUAAUUAUACAUGUCGGUGGACCAUCUCGUCAAUGUCACCUGAUGAAAUGACAACUACUGUUAAGAAUGUUCCUUGGCAAAACUCUUCAGUGAGUCACAAGCGAAGGUGGAAUUGUUGCCACCAGUAUGUAAAAACAGAAUUUCCAGUUUGGCUUAUAUUUGAUCAGAUCUCAUUGUAAUUGUGAUUUAGUUUUUUCAAUUCCGUUAUUUCCACGAAACAUUCCAUAAAAACUCAUCCAAUCCCAAAGUUUAAUCCUGCUUGUAUCAUCGGGAAUUCAUUUGAUAUCAUCAUUGUCAGAGUGGCUAUGCCUUCACCGUGGCCCCAGUGUUAUCACGUUUCCGUGUAGUAUUUGGUGGUGGUUAUCAUUUUCCUGUGUAUUCCAUAAAUACAUGCAUUGUGUUCCCCAAGGUUUCAAUCACAUUACGAGGACUUGCUUGUAUAGCGGAGUUCCCUCACCAAGCCAAUACCGAGCGUCCUUGAGUUUUCACCGCCUGCGAGGCUGCGUCGCAACGGCCCCGGGGCGACAACUCCGUCUCGGCUUCAAUUUCACAUUGAUGUGAUUUUUGUGAGACAUUCGUUGUACGUCAUCUCCACAAAGAGGAAGUUUUAUUAAACAACAAGCGCUGCAUUCUGAGUUUUCGCAUGUGCUGGACUAGAACGGUCUGUGAAUUUCAAUAUGUGCAUUACAAUAAGAGCCAAUUCAGCAUGUGCAAAGCUAAUAUGGACUUAGACAUUUCCUUUUCAAGAAGAGGACAGAUUGUUUUGUAAAUGUAUAAACGUAUAUGGGUACACGAACCUUCCAUUUUAUUCCCGAGGGUUUAAAUAACGUUUUUUGAGAUACUAUAUACAAGUACAACAUCAUUUCAUAGAUUGUUAGUCGUUGUCAUCAAGCAGUCUGGGAAGUGUUUACAGUUGGAUACAGAAUAUUUGCAGGCUUGUUUGAUUUUCCUUCUUUUCUGUUUGUACCCCUCUUCAGCCUGGAGUGGCUCCGCCUUGUUGGAAAGGCAAUCUUAAAUUACAAAGGGACGAUUGGGCAUUGCUAGUUCAGAUGAUACGCCCAUCGCUGUAAUCCGCCCUCUCGUUUAAGUCUGGUGCCGAGCUCUUUUUCUUCAAUAAUGACGACUUGCAAGAUUUGGUCCCGGCCCGUCAAAACCACCCAUGGCUCUGUAUACUCCCCUGUCUCCUUAGCAUGUGUUUAUAUGAAGGUGUUGUACAUGUUUAUUGGUGUGGUACUAAAUUUUUCACACAAGUAUGUCUGAAAUUAUGAAAUUUAACUUACUUGUCAGUGUUCUGUAAAAUAGUGUUCAUAAUUUUCCGAGGAUAUAUCGGUGGAAUAUAAUGAAGUGUACGAGUGCAUGCAUGGUAUCAAAAAUAAAAUACAUAUAUCGAGAACGAAAA